GUGGCUGCCACUUAGGGCCCUCACCUGCUUAAAGGGCGGGGAGGUGGUGCAGGUGCUGCAGUGGGGCUGGGCAGGCUGAGCUGAAUCUCUGGGGAGCUGCUCUCUGCUAAGGUGCAAGGAUGGGGCUCUUCACGUUUAUCAAGGUCAUGAUGGUCCUCUUCAACCUGGCCAUAUUUCUCGGCGGUGCGACCCUCCUGGGAGUUGGAAUCUGGGUUAUAGUGGAUGGAAAGUCCUUCUUUGAUAUAUUUGGGGCGAUUUCCACUAGUGUCCUGCAGGUUGUGAAUGUGAGCUACUUCCUCAUCGUCAUUGGUGCCAUCCUAGUGGUGAUUGGCUUCCUGGGGUGCUGUGGGGCCCAGAAAGAGAGCAAGUGUCUCCUGAUGGUGUUCUUCACAGUGGUGCUGAUCAUCUUCAUUGCUGAAGUUGCUGCUGCCGUGGUGGCUCUUGUCUACACGGGCCUUGCGGAAACACUGCUGACAGCCACUGUGACUCCACUGCUGAAGGAGAAGUUUGGGAAGGAGCCAAGCCUUACGCAAAUCUGGAACGUCACCAUGAAUGAGCUCCAUUGCUGUGGCUUGAAUAACUACACAGACCUCACGGACUCUCCUUGGCUUCAGCAAUACCAUACUUACCCUGCGCCCUGCUGCUCUGGAUCACAACCAUGCAAUGAAACCCGUGCUGCAGCAAGUGAUGUCCCGGGUUGUUUCGAACAGCUCCUGACUGAGAUCAGGACGAAUUCAGGUGUAGUGGGUGGUGUGGCAGCUGGCAUUGCUGCCUUGGAGAUUGCAUCGAUGACGGUUGCCAUGUACCUGUACUGCCGCUUGGAUGAGAAAUGACCCCUGCAAGGGAGAUCUGCCUGCCGGGACGUGCCUGCAGUGAGCAGUGCCCCCCCGGGGCCCUGAUCGCUCCCCAGGCCUGACGCUGUCCUGCACACUGUGAUUUAUGGCUGUCUUGAUCUACUGAGCUGGGAUCUGUAGAGUUCAUAUGUAUAUUUUUGUACUGCUAUGGCACAAUGUAUCUGUACAUAGAGAUUUUUUUUUUUGUUUUUUUUGAAGUGGAAAAAAUGGCUUCCUCUGUUUUGCUGAUGCUGGUGGGAGAUACUGUGGCCCAGGCAAAGAUCAGGGCUCCUGAUGGAGCUGAGGCCCAGUGAUCCCAGCAUACUGCCACCAAGCCCAGGCAGGUGCAGGACCUCUCCCACACUGCUGCUGCAUCUGAGCCGUGGGGCAGGGACCUGGCUGCUGGUGCUGGGCCAGCCCAUGAUCCUGAGCCCUGGGGCAAGCCUUGCUGCAGGGCAGGUGGAGGCUGGGGCUAGUCCUGCUGCUGGACCCAGGGCUGUUGCAGGUGGCAGCUGUGCCCCCAGCUGGGGCUGGGACAACCCCAGCUGCUGCCCCAUGGGGUCCCCUGGCAGGGGACCUCUAUGCUGUACAACCUGCAGGUCCCUGCUCCCAUGGGCUGUGACUUGGCCUGGACCACUCAGUACUGUACUGUGAUUUUUUUUUUUUUUUGUUUUUUUUUGUGGCAGAAACCCUCUCCCCCUCCAUGCUGUAAUGAGGAGGAGGGGGAAAAACCUGUUUGUCUUGAAUUAUAAAUUAUUUUCUGGAGCUCAUCUCUUGUACUUCCCAAAUGACUUCAAUAAACACCUCUGACCACAA